CAGUUCUCAUAUUUCUUUCACUUAUUGGUCUUUUGACUAAUCAGAUCAGCUCUGAAAAAGAUCUGACUCGUAAAGAUCUAAUGUGAUUGGUCAAAAUAAUAAAUAGUGGGAAAAAACAGAAUUGGGCUGCCUGUGUAAACGCAGCCCUAAUUGGGCCUUGUCAGACAAGCUUGAUGAACCAUGGGUUACAUAAUGUAUUAUAUAUGUGAAGCCUAAUAGUGGAUGGUACAGAACCCAUUAUACACUGAACAAAAAUAUAAAAACGCAACAUGCAAGACUUUCAAAGAUUUGACUGAGUUACUGUUCAUAUAAGGAAAUCUAUGGAUUUCACAUGACUGGGAAUUACAAAAGAAAAGGUAGGGGCGUGGAUCAGAAAAGCAGUCAGUAUCUUAUGUGACCACCAUUUGCCUCAUGCAGGAUGACACAUCUCCUUCACAUAGAGUUGAUCAGGCUGUUGAUUGUGGCCUGUGGAAUGUUGUCCCACUCCUCUUCAAUGGAUGUGCGAUGUUACUGGAUAUUGAUGGGAACUGGAAAGCGCUGUUGUACACAUUGAUCCACAGCAUCCCAAACAUGCUCAAUGGGUGACAUGUCUGUGUCACUCAAUGCUGAUCUUGCCACGAAGUUUAAAGGGUUUCUGUUGGAGGCUAGGGCAUCACAGGAUGGACCUGCCGUUGGCACCUUCACUCUGCUCACUCCCGCUCACAGCCUCCUUCUUGAGUGCAGUGGGAAUCCAGCAGCUGCUGUUACCCAACCAAACAACCAAGCCAAGACAUUCAUCGAAGCCAAGUGGAGAGCACCAUACAAAGGAGUUUUCUAUUUCAGAGUCACAUUUAUUAAAGACAUGAUGAAGUUCUGGAUACCAGAGGCCAUUAAUAUCACCACCUGUCCUACUACUUCUACUACUACUGUCACUCCUACUACUAUCACUACUUCUACUACUACUGUCACUCCUACUACUAUCACUACUUCUACUACUACUGUUACUCCUACUACUAUCACUCCUCCUACUACUCCUGCUAUCACUCCUCCUACUAUUCCUGCUAUCACUAUUCCUGCUAUCACUACUCCUACUAUCCCUACUCCUACUAUCCCUACUCCUACUCCUGCUCUGCACCCAUCUGCACCCUCUACGUGUAUGCUUAUUAGCGCUCUCAUUCGGCCUUCACUCUUGGUCAUGAGUCUUCCAAAAGGCCAGACACUUUGGCAUAAGGGGUUCAAGAUAUUGUGUCCUCUCUCAAUGGUUGCAGCCAUCAUUGCCUUUAUUCUUUUGCUGCUAUGGGAGUCAAUACAAAUAACUCUUGUGGCUGUUGUGGGUGUGGCAAUGGUCCUGAGCUUGGGACAAACGAUUGUUGUUUUUCUACCCUUUGGGCCCAGCCAUGAACUGAGGUCCAUCUGUGAUCUGGUUCUCAGAGUGAUUUCCUUCACAACUGAGGUUUUUACCAUGGUGGCCAUAUUUGUGGGUCUGGAGGAAAUUGAGAAGUGCUGCUCGAUACACUGGCGCAUGAAAGUGAUGGGAGGGUAUGCAGCCUGGGUGGCUCUGUUCUACUUGAUGUUCAUAUACCUCUGUUGCAACCAGAGUUACCAGAGGAAAAGAAUUGGUGACAAAUGGAUUGUGCCAAAGAGAACGUUACCGGUAUGCCUACAGCCUGGAAGGUCUCAAUUUGAAGAUAUGAUGGUUAUUAUGCAAGUAUUUGCAACUGAAGGGGUUUCCACCACCAUACAUUUUACCUACAUAAAAAUAUCCCACCAUGUCGAACGAACAAGUUAUCGGUCGGUAUUUAUAAAAUUGUACCUGAAACUUCCUGUUUCCAUCAUGGAUGUUGUGAUUUAUUUUUAUACAGUACUCUCAAACUGUUGAUGGAAACGUAGUGACUGUCAUAUUUAUUUGUCUACAAUACAGCAACUUGUAGAGCAUUGUUACUCUGAAAGGCAAAUAGUUAACAAUAAAAAUGUCAAAAUUCCUGUCUAAAAUGUGUGCAUACACUAAAGGCGCGUUUACAGUGCCAAAUUUUCUGUUUUAAUAUUUAAUCAGUCAGGUAACUUCCUUAUUCCUUCUGUCUACACUACCACUUCCCCCACCGUUGCAGUUGCUCCAUUGUUGUUCUGUUCCCUUUCCAGAGAACUCUGAAAUAUGACGCUAUCAGCAACCACACAUCUAAACCAGUGGCGGCAGGUUCCGUUUAAGAUUAGGGAUGACUAUUUUUUUUCAUGAGCUUGGCCUUAUUUUUAUUACAGCAUGUUGGAUGACUCAUUCAUAUUCUAUUCACCCAGUUCAAUGUAACAGGUUUAGGCUACUACAUGAUACUCAAAUUUUCCCUAUACCCAUCAUGAUGUUGCUACAACCUAGCCUAUGAAUGAAAGUUUAGGUGCACACAGGUCGAGAGACACAUUUGAGAUGACAGUGACACACUUACCUGCAUCUAGCUGAUAUAGGGUGUAAUCAUUAGUCCAACAGUUGCAAACGAGUUUCUAUUGGACAAAUGCAGGUAUAUUUAUGUGUUCCGUUUGCUUCCCUUUAAGAAACAUUUGAACAGAAUUGGCAGAAUAAAUACACCCCAUAUCAUGCGUAAACACAGUUCACUUUCAUAGCAGCCAUGUUGUAUUUAUCUUGCAUCUAUGCACUCUCCUCUUCCAUUCGCUUGUGGACUUCAAUGCACAACACAUCAGCUGUGUAACCAGGCAAAAAAACCUUUCCAAGCCAAACCGCUAGACACAGUUUACAUCAUUGUCACCAUAUUAGUCAGCAUAGCUAAUAGAACUAACGUGUUAGUAAACCCACUAAUGUUAUAAUCAUGCAGUAACGUUACGGUGUACAGUCAGUAAGCAGUUCCACCAGCGGGCCCAGGUGGCAAUAAAUGAGUAAUACCAAAAAGCUUACCAUGACUUGCAAGAGUUCCAGUGUCAUAGCCAGCUAGCUAAUAUAGCAUCCCUCUGCUUGAGCAGAGUGUUUCAGUAGGAUAAACAAGCUAAGUAAGUGAAACUGAAGAGGAAAAAAAUGACAAUAUUUACAUCUUGCUUCUCCUUCAUUUUUGAAGAAGUUAAUUUGUUAACUUGUUAUGGCUGCAAUCCCACUAACGGGAUAAGUGUCAUCAACAACCACUGAAUAGCAUAGUGCAAUAUAGGAAAACACAGCUUAGCCUUUUGUUAAUCCACCUGUCGUGUCAGAUUUUGAAAUUAUGCUUUACAGCGAAAGCAAUCCAAGCGUUUGUGUAAGUUUUUUUUUUUUACUUUUCUGCUCUUUUGCACACCAAUAUCUCUACCUGUACAUGACCAUCUGAUCAUUUAUCACCCCAGUGUUAAUCUGCAAAAUUGUAUUAUUCGCCUACCUCCUCAUGCCUUUUGCACACAUUGUAUAUAGACUGCCCAUUUUUUUUUUCUACUGUGUUAUUGACUUGUUAAUUGUUUACUCCAUGUGUAACUCUGUGUUGUCUGUUCACACUGCUAUGCUUUAUCUUGGCCAGGUCACAGUUGCAAAUGAGAACUUGUUCUCAACUAGCCUACCUGGUUAAAUAAAGGUGAAAUAAAAAAUUUAAAAAAGUU